AUGUCGGCAGCAGUGGGUGUGACUGUGACGGCUGCCACCACAAGCUCGGUAGGGCUGUUUCUUGUGUUGGCGGUGGGCUUUGCGGGGGUUUUGGAAGCGCUUGUGCUAUGGCUACUGCGCAGCUUGGCUCAGAGUCCUAAAUACGUGGCGUUGGUGCACAAGUUGACGCGACAGCUCGCGGUUGUGGGGCUCGUGUACCUGUUGGUGAAAUGUGCGGUUCUUACCGAACGACGACAACUGCGUCAAGAAUAUAUUCACGACGCGUUUGAUGCUGCCAAUAUGCUCUUGUUGGUUGCUUCACUAUCGAUGGCCGUUCAAGCCAUCGUGGUGAUCGUGCUACUCCGCGUAGCCACCACAGAAAUGGAUGGGCUCGGCCUCUUGUGGUCGUUCGAAGUCGUGGACGAGAUUCAGCUGGCGAAAAGUCGGCCGACGUGGCUCUUUGUGCGCAACUGGCACGCCACCCGCGUCAAGCUCAAGCUUGUUGAUGCGUUCUUUCGGCACGUGUACGGCCUGCCGCCAAUGUUUGGGUUUGCUAAGCACGUUCGUGGCAUUCAAGAGCAACUGACGUUCGAACUAUUCGAUAUGGGCUUUGGAGCGUGGGUAGUUCUCUUGGCGCUCUUUUACGCCUUCUUUUCCAUCACGGGAGAGCUCGAGGCCGCGUAUGAUUUGCCGCCCAAACAAACAACCACCAUCCCCUUGUUUUCUUCUCGAUGGCGUGUAUUUGUGUGCUUCUCGAGCUCCCUUAUGGCGUUUGCCACGGUCUUCUACAUCGUUAUGACCUGGUCGUACAGUCGACUCGUCCACCACGCCAAACUCCACGCGUUGGUCCCAUCGAUGGAUCCUCCAAGCCAAGAGAGCGAUGGUGAGAAGAAGACGCCGAGUUCUAUUUGGGAUGCCAUCGCAAGCUUCGCCACGAAAGAAGGCACGGUGACCCAACUGGGUCCGUUGGAAGCCCUCUCCCGCAUGCAAGCUGUUGGAGAGCGGCUGGAAGCCAGCCUCCCGACAAUCUCCCCGCACGAUCGUACAUCACACUGGCCGUGGCGCGACAAACAUCCCUUGACACCGCUGUGCCGCCAAACCUCGUUGGAGCAAAACGUAAGCACACAAAUUGACUGCAUUUCCCUUCCGAUCAUCAGCUACCAAAGUUGCCGUGUGCUACUGCAAGUCAUUUUGCUUGUAAAUGGCCUGGGGUAUGCCUACUUCGCCACGACGGUCCUACCUUUUGCUCCACUAGAUACAAUCGAGGAGACCGUUCAGUCGAUUGCCGCCAUCCUGCCCCUCGUCCUCGUGACGGUGGUGCUGGCCCCACGCCUCAUCCGGAGCCUAGCCCUCGUCCACUCGACUUGGCAUGUCGACAGUGCAGUUCUGGCUCGCGUCAUCGCCCAAGUGGUGCAUGUCGAACAUGUCAAAGUGGCCAUG